AUGGUCGGCAAGUGCCGGACGGGGAAAAAAGUGGCAAAAGGCGGGAUGCCACCAGGAAAGCGACAAGCCAAAGAAGCGGGUUCAUCGGGCAAGACGACUGGUAGCAGCACAGAGCAAAGCCAACAACCGGACGAGCUACGCGCGAUUCGGGCUUUAUGUGAAGAUGAAGACCUGUUUUUGACGCAGGAGGAGGCGCUCGACUUGGAGAGCUCGAGCAAAGAAGGAGAGAAUGCCCUCAAUGAGGCCAGCGAAGCAACGUAUCUGUCGGCGCCUAAAACCAAGACGAGUCUAAUAUGGAAGUACUUCGUACAAAUACUUGAAGGCACCAAAAUCGAAUGCCGAGCGUGUGGCAUCCAGUACAAGUACUAUGGUUCCACAAGCAGCGCUAUGGCCCACCUGAAAGAAAAGCACGGGUUUCAAGAGAUAUCGGUGAUGAAAAGAGAAGCAACAGAAAAGACGGAAUCCGGGAAAUACGAUGCGCCUUAUCAGCUGCAAUGUGAUGAGAAGAUUGUGGCGCUAGUCGCCGAAGGAUAUUUGUCAAUGAACCUGCUGUCCACUCUGGCGAUGAAAGAACUUCUACAUACCCUUUCCAAGGGAAAAUAUGUCGGCAUGACGCGUCAACGAUUCGCCUCAUCCGCUUUGCCGAGGGUUUUUGAGGAGCAUUUGGCUGGUCUGAAAAGUCAACUGACAGGCGAGUACUUCUUUUCCAUAACCAGCGACGGUUGGUCCACCGCGAGUCAGCACAUUGCUUUACAAACGUACUUCGUCCAUUUUGUUGACGACAAUUUUUGUCGCGUUAAUGAAUUGAUCGCCGUUACCGAUACGACGAAGAAGCAGCAUACGGCCGCAGGUCUUUCUGAGGUUGCGAAAAACGCAUUGGAGCGGGUUGGUUUGUGCGGCCAACGGUGUUUUGGCUUUACCACCGACUCAGCCAGGAAGGAAGCAGCCUCGGUCAAGCAGUAUUUUGUCAAGCAAGACAAUAGUCUCGGGGUCUGGAACCCAUGCAUUUGCCACCUAUUGAACUUGAUUGUACAAGCUGCUUGUGCCAUCCCGGAGAUCAAGACGGAGAUCGAUCGCGUCCGGCGGAUUAUGGCAUCGAUCCGAAGCUCCUCAGUUUUACGGAAGGAAUUUGAAAAUGCCCAACUUGCGGUGAAUUUGCGACCGCCUCGGCGCGCUGUGCUUGAUGUAAAGACACGCUGGAAUACCACCGUCGAGAUGUUACGGUUUUACCUGUCAAGACUUACGGCGCUCCGGUACAUGCACGCAUCGGGUGGAACCUUCCAUUUCGACGAAGGGGCGUCAGAGGAGCUCACAAAUAUCUCGAAAAUGCUUUCCCCAUUCGAAUUGUUCACAAAAUUGCUCUCUCGUUCCGAUUCUACAAUUUCGCAGUGCUUGCCGGCGCUCGCUGCUCCUCGGAAAGGGCUAAAUGCGUGCCAGCAUCCAAAGAAGACGUUGGCAGCCAAAUGCCAAGCGAUUUUGCUUGGUGAAACCAAUCGCCGCUACGAGGAACUACGAAAAACUCCCAGUCUACGGGCCGCCGUUGCCUUAGACCCGCUCUAUGCGUUUGGAAUUGGGUUAUUUACCCAGUCAGAACAAAACGAGCACCGCGAAGCAUUGUACGAAUGCAUGACAGGUCAAAAUCUAUUCCAUGUGAUCGAAACCGAAGCCGGAGGAUCGGAUGCGCCGGUGGCUAAGCGAUCGCGGCCUGCGACGCCAAAGGUCAGCAGCAACCCGUUCGAUUUUCUAUUCGCAUCUAAUGUGGAGAAUCUAGCCGAACGAGCUGAGGAUGAUGACCCGAAAGAACAAUUUGAAAAGGAAAUUGCCUCAUUCCGCCAAGAAUUGCUGUCGGAAGUUGUACCAUCGAUUGCUGACAGUGGUGGCUAUGCGCUGAAGUUUUGGCGUCAAAUGCGUCAUCAAUGCCCUAAACUCUAUCAAACAGCCAAACGAAUCUUCUCCCUUCCCGCCAGUUCCGUUGAGUGUGAGCGCCUGUUUUCGCGUGCGGGCAUGAUCUACUCCAACCGAUUGCGUACUCUGCUGAAGGGUGAACGAGCCGAGCAAUUGCUCAUAUUGUCUUAUCGUCGGGUUCGGCAGGAAAUCGCAAACCUACGCACCCUUCAAUCAUCGCUUGAAUUCCCUGCCCUUGAUGAGAUUGAGGCAGAGGAUAUGGCGAUUGAAAGCAUCAGAUCUGAGGAUCCCGAUCUUUUUGCGGAAGUCCUCGCUACGUUGGAUGAUGACGACCCCUACCUGACCAACGCCUACGAA